AUGCAACCCAUUAAGUGUGUUGUCGUUGGAGACGGAGCAGUGGGUAAGACCUGUCUGCUCAUCAGCUACACCACCAAUGCCUUUCCUGGAGAGGAAAUUCCCUCUGUGUUCGACAACUACUCCACCAAUGUUAUGGUGGAUGGGAAGUCAGUGAACCUGGGCCUUUGGGAUACAGCAGGACAAGAAGACUACGACAGAAUCCGCCCCCUUUCCUACCCAGAGACGAAUGUGUUUCUCAUCUGCUUUUCACUCGUGAUGCCUGCCUCGUAUGAAAACAUCCGUCAUAAGUGGUGCCAUGAGGUGAAACACCAUUGUCCCAACACUCCCAUAAUCCUCGUAGGCACCAAACUGGACCUGAGAGAUGACAAGGGCACCCUGGAGAAGCUGAAGAAGAAUAAAAUCUCUCCAAUUACUUAUUCUCAAGGAGUGGCCCUGUCCAAAGAGAUUGGUUCUGUCAAGUACCUGGAGUGCUCAGCCCUGACGCAACAUGGCGUUAAAACUGUGUUUGAUGAGGUCGUUCGGGCCGUCCUGUGCCCUUCACCCAUCAAAAAGAAGGCAAAUAAAUGCUCUGUCCUCUAA